UGUGUAUCCUGCGUAUGUAUAUUUGUUCAAAUAUCUACGCUCGUGGCUUAAUCAAUGGAACUUUUCGAUUUCAUUGAGACGUCAAACCGGAAAAGCUAGAAAAGGAAUUUUUUACCCAAUGAUGACACUGCCGAAUGUGACUUGACAAUUGUUCCAAGAACAAUUUUAGUUUAAUAUAUUAAACAACAUAUUUUCAAAAUCAUAAUUGAAAGAAGAGAAGCAGCAUGGUCUCUGCUCGUUGAAAAUAAUUCCGUCGAUCUUUAUUUUUAAUUUUUUAUGGAAAUUGUAAAAUUACACUUGAAAUAUUUACUUUAAGUUGAAUAUAACGGGAAGUUCUUAAUAUACGUAAUUAACUCCAUUGAGUCUAAGCCGGAGACGGGCGCUUAUUCGGUUUAACGCACGACCCUAUAGUGUUUACAAUUCCGACGUAUUUAUUGUCGAGCUUAAUUACAGACUACAAAUUUUGGAUAUUUUAUUUUUUAACAAUUUAAUUCGUCUUUGGGUUCGACCCUAUCAAAUGUUAAGUUACUUGGAAAAUAUAUUUCUCUCUAGUGUCAUUAUUUUUCAUAAUACACUUAAAAGCAUAAUUCCAACCAAACUAUUUUUUUUUCUUAUGUAAUUAUAAAUACCUAAACAAAAUAUAUCUGCUGAUAAUGCGGAAGACACUUGCACGAAACAGUGUCGUAAUCAGAAAAGACACAAUGUAUGUAGCGAUUACUAAAUUACCGCUGAAUUGUAAGAAUCAUCGUCAACAUCGUGAUACGAAAUCACUAGGUACGUUAAUAACUGAAAAUUGACUAAUUCGCUUCACAUCCGAGGUAAAAGAAAAAAAAAGAUGAAAAGAAAGAUCUUGCAUUAACUAUACUUGUAUUUGUGAUGCACUAAUUUGAUACUUCCGAUCGUAUUACCACCGUAAUAACUUGGGAUUAUACAUCAGACUUGUAUUGUACGAUUGCUGCAAUUUGUCAAUGAAUGUAAUUGUUUGCUUACGGAGGCUGCAAUAUGUAACGCUGCCGGAGGUAAUAAACAAAGGGGAAUUCGUAUUUCAGUUUACAGUACACGCGCAUAGAACACGUAUCACGUAUCACUCUAUAACGAAGCAAUUAAAUCGUGGAACGAAAUGUAAUAUCGAUACCGCGUCACACCGCGUGUUAUUAUCGAUUUUUGCGCGUAAGGUCUUUGCGAGACGAGAGCAAAAGACAAUUUUAAGCCGCUUUGAGUCGAAACGACGAACUCGCCUGAUUGACCUUCUAUUAUGAGAAGCGACAUUUUCGAUCUAUGCAUUUGCAAUCAUUGAAAAUUAAUCAGAUUACCUUUGCAGCGUAAUUCUAUUGUGUGUUUAGAGAGUUGAUACAUUUCGAGGCACACGAUGCUCAGCAAUCUGGAAGACAUGCAACACAACACUAUGUACCGUAGCGACAACAGGAGCCGGAGCAUGGGGGUUGGACCUAUGCGAUCUCGCCCGAUGGAGAAGAGGCACGACACGUCGCCGUACAGCGGCGUGCCAUACCUGUCGCCACCGCCGCCAGAUACCUGGCGGAGAACGAACUCGGACUCCGCUUUGCAUCAGAGCGCCAAUGAGGCUUGCCAAUCGACCUCCGCCAUCCCUCAUCGACGAGGUAGCGACGCAUAUCAGCACGUUAUGACCGGAAGCGGCAGCGAUAACAGAGAUUCUCAUGGCUUCAUCGAACGACCAAGAUCCUCGUGCGAAAUGCCUAGAGUGCCUGGGAUUAACAUAUACCCGAGCUCGCAACCACCGGGACAGCAAAUACCGAUAGGCAACAACACGGGGUCGUUGCCCGACUUGAGCAACGUACACUUUCCGUCGCCACUUCACACGCCUCUGGACCAGGAGGAUCAUUCGAGUAGUACGCCGUUCAGCAAUAGUCCUCAAACGAGCAGUCCCACAAACCUGUCCAGCCCGACCAGCUUGGCACAAGCUGGUAGGCUCUCCUUUUCACAGGAUCCAUCAAGCGUCCAACAGGGUGUGGCACUGGAAAACAGCACAAGUACUUCGCAACAGGAUCUUCAGAGCUAUCCGCAGCAACCGGCGCCGACGGCGACGUCUCACAGCCCGACUGCUGGCCAUUACAUUUAUCAACAACCGCACAGUCCGGUGCCGCAAAGUCCAAAAACGUCGCAGCACCAGCACCAGCAACAGCAACAGCAACAUCAACAUCAACAUCAACAAUCGCAGCUCAAUUCGUUGGGAUCGUAUAGAUCCACGCAGUCAGUGAACAGGCCGUCGCCGCAAUCGUCUCCUAGUCUAACUGUUCAAGGAAGUCCUUUAAGUUAUAGCAAUAACCCAUCGGCGCCGCCUAGUCCUACAGGACAUCCGGGUCCACCCAGCUUGACGUCUGAUGCUAUCGAUCAGAAUACUUAUUUCAUCAAUCAGGCGCAAGCGGCGGCCCUCCAGCAGGAUUUCGAACAGUUCACAAUGGGACUGGAGUGGCCCAAAUUUGCGCAGCAGCUGAUGGAACUCGGUUGCACCUGGACCACGCAGAUAGAGAUGGACACGCCAGUGCAGGCGAACACAAUUGGGACGUUUAUUGGCUCACCAAAUCACACUACGAAUUACACGCAGAGCGACGUGAUUAAUGUCGGUGGCGAAUUAGGCAGCGGGGACACGGGAUACUUUAGCACGAGUCCACAAAUGGCGUAUCAGCCUGCGACGACGACGACCACCGCUACUCAGCAGCUAACACCGCAAACUCCAAAUACACCUACGAUCAUUCUCACAGACUUUUCUGGUGCGGAUGAUCUUACGAAUCCGGAAUUUGUGAAAGACCUCGGGACAGCGAUGAUGGGUGAUUUUGACCCGGAAAUGUUCCCAUCGGACGAUGCCCUCAGACAGGGCCUUGAUCCGAUCGAUGUGGAUGGUCUACAAAUGCUCGCUGACCCUACGAUGGUUAUAUCGGAUUCCAGCGCCGAAGCCCACUUUAGAUUAGAUCGACUUUAAGGGAAGAAAUUUUACUCAUUUACCAACCACUCGUGUCGACUAUUGCGUAGGAUAAAAUAAAUUCUGUCCUGGUGUCGUGAUUAACUCGUAAGACACUUUGACAUUUUGGGGUACCACUUCUUGGGCACUGGCAGAUUUGCAGGGAAAUGCGCGUCAAUAUGUAUAAAUACAUAUUUAUAAAUUUUAUUUACAGCGUAUUAUAAAUUCUCUUAAGUAAACUUAUACGCGAAUAUUUUUAUCUCGUUAUAUAAAAUGCUGUGCAUUUUUUUUAUCUUAUAACCCAUACAUGAUGUCAGAUCUGUAUUGUUUUUAUGAAUAGCGUGUUUGUGUCCGAAACCUUUCGAAAUAUUUUCUGGAAACAGGUCAGUGGUCAAUGAAAGUUGUUUCCCGCUCGUGAUAAACCGCUACUUGACGAUUAAGUAAUAUAUAUAUACAUAUAUAUAUAAAUCUUUAUUAACCCUUUUUUUAUUUUACACUACUUUGUACAUUGUAUCAUGUAUGAUCUCUAAGAAGCACAAAAGAAAAAGGUUUACUGAUUUAUACAUGCUUUUAUCAUAAUGCAAUUAUAGUGAAGUAAUCUACCGUUUAGGCCAAUUUAAAGAUAGAAAAGACGAUCGAUUAUGCUCCUCAACGAGGAGUAAUUAAAAACGCAUAAAGAUAUAGAAGUGAGAGAGGAGGGAGAUGCCUAUCGGCGGUACACGCCAACAGCGAUCUAAAUUCUUGUGUUUCCUUUUCCUCAUUACAUCCUUGCGAGCAACUUACGAUCAUGAACAUUUAUGUUAGUAGUACCUAAUCUGUACAAAUAAUUCAUUAUUUUCCUCUCACCCCUUAAUAUCGCGUUCGCGUUAUACUAUGAAUUAGUUUAGGUAACACAGGAUUGUAUUAUUGAACAAAUUUAGGCUCGAUUAAUAUUAAUCGAAAAUUGCGAUUGGAUCUGUGAUAUUGAACGAUUAAAUCUAAGAAAUUCAAAAGCAAUCUCAGCAAAGAGACUGCAUUUUUUAGAAACAGGCUUUUCUACGUUUCAAACAUGCAAUCCUGCUACUGAUAACAAUUUCUAGAUUUAUCACUUCAUUUGAAAAGAAUGGUUAUUUAUAAUUUCCAAUAUCUCUGUUAAUUAUUAAUACUUUUUGUUUAUCGCUGAAUAAACGCAGUGAUAGUAAUGAGCAGGAAAAAAUGUCAUAUGCGUGUACCCUCGGCGGUUGUCAAUUGUUUUUUGAAAGUAAUACAUUAUACUUUAUAUGCAUUCGAUAAUUAAUCGAAUGUGAAAUUAAGAUAAUUGUUAAUAACUGUGAAAUCAAGAAGAUGAUCCUUAUAUCUUAGACACAUUGUAAGUAGCAUACCAUAUCUUUCUCGAUAACACAUUCAAAUUCUUCGUUCUAGUUAAAGACAUAAUGUAGGCGAUUAGUGUACGGAAUCAGGCUACGAGAUACCAAAGAGCGCGGUAGAAUCUAUGGUAUAGUGUAGUCUGAGGCCAACGGUGCAUACUUCAGCACACAUACACCUUUCACGUUAUAUUAAAAUAGAUUGAAAUUUCAACAGACGUAAAUCGCAAAUAAAAUCGCUAUCGCUAAUAUCACGUUCAUAUCUUAUAAAUAUAGAUCAUCCUCUGUCUGCAAGGAUAAAUAAAUAUAACGGAAUGACGUUAAGGAAGUUCUUGUACGUACGAAGUGUAAUGUCUCUUUUUACAUUAUCGCUGUUAUAUUAGCUAUCGAUUGGCGCAUACUUCGUAAUUACAAGAAAUUUUUUACACGAUAAGAAAUCCGCAGAGAGUGCAUCUUGACGAAAGAAAUUUAAACAAUAAUCUUUACAUAUUUAAAAUGUGAUUAAUGUGACCAAGAAUUGAAUCAUUGAUAUAUCCAAAAGUUUAUCGUAAUAGAUGAAAUUCUCUUCCCGUUUGCUCUCUCUCUCUCUCUUUUACUUGCAAAGUCUCGUCCGCAUAUAUGCAAAUGCAAGAGGUGCCAAAAGCGCGUAGAUAUUCGUCAUAGAUUGUAAGAUCGUGCUAUCGAUUCAUAAUCGUGCAAUAUAAACGUAUGUAUAUGAUCGUCGGUCGUUUAACAUAAGGUUUAAACCAAGUUAAAUGUUAACCAAGAUCGUAACGUCAAUUUAUCAUUGUCAUUUUAACCGUAAAUACAAAAGGCUUGCAAAAGGAAAUACAAAGAGCACAAAAUUUUAACUAGGAUUUUUGAAAAAGAAAGACAGUUUUAUUCCUGUUAUCUAACAUAUUUUGCUGACACAUACAUUACUGUCUUUGGACAUUCAAAGCUAUGGUAUAUUCAAAAUGCAAAACAUUACGGGUAAUGUGUGCAAUAUAUAGCAAAAAAUCAUAAAGAGAAAAUCACAUUAUUGUGUUAAUUGUUGUGCUAAUAAUUAAGCGAAUUUAAUUAAUUUGUAAGACUUUUAGUUAAAUUUGGUAUCGAUUUUAUCGAAAUAAAACAUUGUAAAAUGAUUGUUAAAAUGUAUAUAUAUGUUGUAUGAUAUGAUCUGAUAGCGCUAAUUUAUUUUAACAAAUGAGAGUGUAAUUGUAAUAGUAUCGAGUUAUCGACCUCAAAGAUCAAAACGAGAAUCUGUUUUAACAUUAUAAUCUUAUGAUUGCAUAAAUACUGUUUUUAGACAUUGUGCAUUUUGUUUUAUUUAUAUAAUCUUUCAUAAAUAUUUGGUGUGUGUCAAUCUUGCUCGAAAUAAUAUUUAAUUCUCUUUAUUUCAAACUGCUUGUAAUUUAAUAAUGAACGAUGCCUCGAUACUAAUCAACAAUAUUCUUUUUAAUUUGAAAUUCGACGAUCGUGACUGAGAGAUGUGCGAUGCCUUGAGGCACAUUACGCGAAAAAAAUUAAUUUUUUACAAAAAACAUUUACACAAUUUCAGCAACUCUGUAAUACAGAUCGUAAUAUCGGCAUCUCUUUUACGAUUUGUUAUAAGCUUGCGAAGAAAUUCGAAGACAGAAUGUAAAUGUAUAAUAUCGCAAUAGACUAUAUAUUUUAUUUAGCGUUAUACACACAUACACAUAAUUUGAUUAUGUUUUAUGUACAAAUCAAUUUUUUAAAGGCGAAUCUCUUUUAAAGAGUAGGAAGCGAAAUGAGGUUUCCACCGAAUCGUAUUUUCUAAUUAUAAAGAUCACGACAAGAAACACGAUAAUCCAACGUAGCACGACCAAAGUAUCCUCAGGAAGAUUUUAUAGCUUGAAACGUAUAAUCAUAUAAAUUCAUACAUGUUUCUUUAUUUACUGUUAUACGAAACCACGUUGAAGCCUCAAUCGAAACGAAUUUUAAAUGCACUUUAUUUCCUUCUGUCUCCUGUAUGUUUCUAAAUUUCGUGCCUAGCUUUUCUUAAUUUCUAAUAGAAAACAUUUCCUAUUUCUUUUUCCUUUUAUGACACGCAUCUCAAAAACAUACACACAUUUUUUCUCUCCCUCUCUCUUCCCUUCUCUGUCUCUCUCUCUCUCUCUCUCUCUCUCUCUCUCACGCUCUCUCUCCCUAUCUCUCUCUCCCUCUGUUUUAUCGCAUCGAGGAGAGGAGAGACUGGCUUAAGAUUAAUAAAAUCGCAAGCCUGUUGUAACGUGCAAUUAAAGAAAAUAAAAUAAGCAGCGAAUGAAAAAGCGUCGCUGCCUAUAGUCUCGCGUUAGAUCGAUCGGUCACGUCGAUCCGCGAGGGCUUAAUGAAAGAAAAUUUGUAAUAUUUGUAUAUAGCCAUGUUAUACUGUGGUAAAAGAAAAUUACCUAUUAUUAUAAAUAAUAUUAUAUAUAUAAAUAUAUAUUAUAUAUAUAUUAUCUAUAUGUAAUACCGUUACGUUGUUGUACUACAUUAUUGUGAACACCAUUUCUCAGACAUCGAUUUUUUUAAAUAAAAAAGAAAAGAGCUCUCUUUCGACACACACUAAAUACCAAGCCAAAUCCGUCACGUUAUUUGCCACGCGUGUGGUUCGCUCGUGUCGGCUAUGCGUAUACCAUGUGCAUCUCGCAAUCGUUGCAUUCGCAUGACAUUUGUACGAUCGAUUUGUGCGCCGGUAAAUUGUUCUUUGAAAUGUUUCUUCGCUUUGUAUAUGAUUCGUUACAUAUCGUACAGAGAAGUUUCCAUAGAUAUCAAAGAGAUUAUACAGCGAUUAAAACGUUGCUCCAAAAUA